UUUUCCACAUUCCAGGGCUUAUAUAAAUCCACGUCUUUCCGUGCACCGGGCGCCAUGGAAAAGACGUUGCGACAAUGGCUGGACAGGGACUGGCUCUGCUGGGGCCUUGGGCCUUACAUCGCAGUGAACCUGGGCUAUUUCGGCACCAGCGCUCUUCUGGAAGGCUUGAUCUGGAGUGGCACCGUGAAGCACGGCUUCAUCGAGUAUGGCGAGGAUUCCCGUGAAGAGGCGUUGUCCAAACAGACCUUGCCUUUCUGGACUCAGCUACGCGUGGCGACCUGGAACAUUAUGGGACCAAUGGCCCUGUUCAACGUGGCUGUCACCGCUGUCACCUUGCCACGCCUCAUCCGCAGCGGUGCAGAUGCGGCGCUGCUACCGACGUCGCGGCGCUUUCUGGAACACUUCGUGGCGAUGGAACUCAUCGGCGACUUUUUUCUCUACGUUGGCCAUCGAAUUCUGCACGAGUGGCUCUGGGACUACCACAAAUUCCACCACUCCAUCAGCACUCCAACGCCCGUCAGCACUGCCUGUAUUGAUCCACUGGAUGCGACAGUUCAAGCUGGCUUGCCCCGCCUUGCUGCGGCCGUGAUGACCCAACCGCACCCCCUGACCUUCUGCGCCUAUCUGAUGGCCAGCGUGGCUGAGAAUGUUCUGAAUCACAGCGGGUUGGACCACUGGUUCACGAAUUUGCUGUUUCUCAAGAUGUUGCCCUUUCGUGCGAGUGUGGCAGUCCACGACGCGCAUCACAAAUAUUCCAACUAUCCGAAGAAUGCCAAGAACUUUGGAGAGAACUUCUGGCUUUGGGAUUGGGCCUUUGGAAGCCUUGGAAAAGUGGGAGAAGCAACUCGCCACCGCUGUGAAACGGAGCGACUGGCGAAGAUCUGCAGGUAGCAUCACCAGUGAACAGCACGAAAGUCAUGAGGUG